AUGGCCGCCCCUUCGUCUCCUCGGCCUGUCAGCCUACAUUCCGAUGAAGCUCCCCGGCAGCCUUGCCCAACCGCCCCUGUUCCCUCCUUGGCCCCAGAGUCGAUCCCUUCUGGCCCUUCUCCAGAUAGUGCCCGUUAUUUCCAGAGUCCCCCGUCUCGACACCGUCGAGUAAACACCGAAUACAUUCCCCGAGCACCUCUAUUCGAACAGGGACUGGACGCGUCCCGGGAAGAUCAAUCCGCCCACAGCCCAUUCCCACCACUGUCCUGGACAGACACCCUCAACAAACGGAAAGCGAGAGUUUUGUCGGAUUGGUUUCAGGGGAAAUCCGAGUCGGUGGACUUGGGGAACAGCAAGCUGCGCGCCGAGGGGAUCACACCGGACCGGACCACAACCAUGGACGCUACCCGUCUCACCCCGAGCUCCACGCUAUCUCGAAAGAAGUCGGUCUCUCCUACGCGUCGGUUCUCAUUCUUUGGCCUGCGCCGACAAUCAGAAGUCAAGCCAGGACUCCCCGCGCCCGUGGACGAUGAAUUCCUCAACCUCGAUAUUGACGAGGCCCUCGCGCCAGACACGAACCCGGCGAGCAGCGAGGCCGCAUUAGACUCCCUGCGGGACCAGGCCGACUCGGUGAUCCGGCGGAUGCAGGAGGCAUACAAGCAGCGCACGCUCGCCUUGCACCAGGGCCUCAUCGACAAGAACGAGAAGCAGGACGAGCUCGUCGAGUCUCGCGCGCUGGUCGAGCACUUGAGGGUGCAGCUGGAUGGGAUGGCCUCCAAGGCCUUGGAGCAGGAGAAAGCCAUGCAGGCCAUGGCGGAGGAACUGGAGGAGGAGAGACUUCUCCGGCAACAACAAGACCAACAACAAGACGCCACGCCGAGCACUACCCGGACGCGGACACAGUCCACCGACGACGACAUUCCUUCCAUCGCCCUUCAAACCCCUCAGCGCGGCGGGAAACGCGCCAGCCACGGUACCUUCACGAGCGACUCUGGGUUUGAGUCGGGGGACAAUGAGAGUGUCGCCGACAGCAUCUUCUCUCAACGCGAGGGGAUCGACUCCCCGCCUUCUACGCUGGUGGCACCGUCGCCGAAUAUGUCGCAGAUUGCUCUGCCUAUACCUAAACCUGUCACAUCCGCGGCUGCACCAGCUCCGGCACCAGCACCAUCACCCACCCCAGCACCCACACGCGCCUCGGCUUACGACCGCGUGAAAGGAUUUGCCUCGACGCGACUCGGGAAUUUGUCUGGCUAUUCAUCCCAGUGUGGCAUUUGUCAUGGCGUUCCAGUUUCCGAGGCCUGGAGUGUCAUGGGCGUGCUCAAGGAUGAGAACCGGGGUCUGAAGAUGCGGUUAGGCGAACUCGAGCUGGUGAUUGACGACUGUUUGAGUAUGGUUGGGCCCUGA